AUGUGUUACGGUCACCAUCAAUCGUUACCGCGGAGCAGCCUCCGUCGCCAAUCGUACGACGGAGACAGCGACGAUACAGCGAUCGACGAUCUACGAGACCGGCUCGCGGAAACGGAGGCGCGGCUGCGGCGAGCCAGAGCAAGAGAAGCUGAGCUAAGCCGUCGGUUAGAGCAGAUGAAGAGAUUCGUUUCCGUCAUGGAGAUCAUGGAGACUUACUUGGAGCGACGAUGCCAGGAGCAUAAAGAUCGAAUCGCUCGCCUCUUCUCUCCGCUAUCGACGAAAUGA